UUUAUAUUAACAAUUGAGACAAAUUACAAUUCCGGCAUAUUCCGGAUGGUCACAGAAUUGACGAAUAGUUCUGCUAUCGAUAUAUUGCUCAAGCAUAUCUUUUGAACCUUUUUUGUCGAGUUUCUUAAGUUUCAGUGAGUCCUUUAAAUCUGUAGAUCAAGCGGCUUUAAUAAAAUCUUUAAUUCCUUCUUUGCUCUCGGGAUAAUGAAAUCGAAAUUUUUGUAUAAAAUAAGUGAACCUUAUGUAUUCAAUCGAGUAAUGCAGGGAUUUGAUUAAUUGAAUUCCUUCGAAAGAGAUAUUACACUGUUCAAAAAUCAUUCUCUCGAUGUGUCUUCCUACAUGUAUUAUCUUUCUAAACUGGCUUUUGGAGAUUAUUCAGUCUGUAAGAGUAAUCAUAGAAGUUACUUUAGAUAAAAGUUGUAAAACCGAGCUAUAAUUUUUGGUAAAAGAAGACAUAUUUUUCAUAUCUAGCUUCAGUUUUAGCGCUCCAAUUUUCAUGGUAGAGGAUGUUUUCAUAUAUUUCUUCAAGUUUUUGAUCCCUUUGUGUUCUUCUAUAUAUAAUUCAAAUCAAGUUUCCGAUCUUAGUGGGGCUAUCUUUUUCAAAGCAAAAUUGAAUUUCCCUUGAUUCCAAUAAAUAUGUUGCCUCCAUCAAUCCUCUAAAAUUAAAUAAGUUGGUUUCAUUUCAUACCUCAGGGCUUUAAGGAAAAUCAUCCUUUUCAAAUAUGUUUCAUUCUUCUGGAUUUUUCUUUCAUUUUUCAGGACAUUCUGCUCCAUUUUCAACUCCUUCUCACACAAUUCCUACCAAAACCCCCCUUUAAAACACCCGUUCACACCACUUCUCCAAAUAAUUCACCCCUUAACAACCCCAAAACCCUCAUAAUCAAUCUAAACUCCCCCCAAAUCCCCAAAAAUCCCAAAAAUCCCCUAACAAAAAUCCCAUCUCCCAACCCCACUCCCAAAACCCCCCCCCAAAUUCAACCUCUCACCUCCAAAAUCCCUGCCUCAACACCGACACUCUAUACAAAAUUAGUAACUUCGAAGUACAGAACUUUCCCUCUAGCAUUACUUUUUAAUGAGGCUCAAGUGGAAGCUGCCAAGUGGGAUUGGGGAGUGGCGGAUUGGGGUUUUGGGGGUUAAGGAAAUUUGGUGGGUUGGGGAGGAGGGAUGGAGGAAUGGGGGAUAGGGGAGGGGAAGGAAGGAUGUUAAGAGGAGUGGAAGAGGUGGGAAAGUAGAGUAUGGGUGGAAAAUUUAGGGUUCUAGUAAGGGUGUUGGUUUGUGGAUGGUGUAUAAAAAUAUUUGAAUUUGGUGCAGAUGGGUCUAUUUUGUGUAGUUAAGCAGUUCUUUUUUAUGGUGUAUACCUAAAACUUAAAUUCCUGGAGGUAAUGCAUAAAACCUCUUAAUAUCAAAGAGGUAUACAGUAAUGUACUUAUUACGAAACUGUUCUUCGUUCUCUUUGUCUAGAUCGAGGGAAGUUUACAAGUCUGUCAAAUAUGCUGCUUUUCUGAGAUCUUUUACUCCUUUUAUAUCUUAUUUAAACAUUUUUCUUUAUUGCUACGAUUCAUCAUGAAUCUUAUAGUUUGAAUAGAAUAAUGCUGAGAGUUAUUCAGUUAGAUCUCUUUAAGGGAAACAUCUCAAUAACUGAAUUCUAGCCUCUUAAUAUCUCUUCCAACUUGGUGAUCUUUCUGAAUUAAUUUUGGAGAUCUUUGCUCUGGCAAGAAUAAAGCAUCGAGUUAUAUUUGGAAGGUAUUUCAUUGUGCAUAUAAGAUAGUAUGGGGAGAAUCUUAUCUUCUCGGAGUCCAUAUAUACAGAUAACUCUUCAAUUUUUUCUGAUUAAAUAACAAUUCAAAAUCUUCGAAAAGUUAGGAAUAUUAUUAUUUUGUUUAAUUCACAUUUUCCAUUCAUUGUCCAGUCUAAUUCCCUUUAACUGUUCAAUGCUCAACUCUUGAAACAUGGAUCCUGCUUUACCUAUCCUCUCUGUUAUAUGUAACUGCCAACUUAUAUUCCAGCGUCUGGUUUCUUCAUUAUAGAACAAUCUGGUACAAGUCUUCUCAUAAAUGCGCUGGUAAAGUUUCUUUUCUUUUCACAAAAUCUCUUUGUCUAUGGAAGUUGCCUUAGUGUUCUUUUU